AUGGGCCACAAAUCCUCACAUUCGCUCUCCAGAGGCGGCCUAGGGCUACUCGAGCCAUUCCUCAUUUUUACCAGGCGAAGACAUGUGAAGUGUGACGAAGUAAAGCCUGCUUGCGAGCGAUGUGUCAAAUGGCAAGGCUUCUGCGAAGGCUACGAGGCCCCUCCCAGCGAAUCAUCGACCUCAACACCGACACCAGAUACCGAGAAAGGCGUGAGAUUGGCGGCUAGGCAGGCCCUGGCCAGGAAAAAGCGCGUGGCGGAGGAUGUCGGAUCUUGCCACCAACCAGGCAAUGUCAGUUUGUUGCUCGAGCCGACCGUGAACAUUUUCAAAGACGAAACCGAACGACAAUACUUCGACCACUGGUUGGGCUAUCGGGCUCAAUUGGGCGGCGGCUUCUUCGACGAAGAACUUUGGAAUGAAACGAUUCCUCAGUUAAGCCGUGAGCAUGCGUCCGUCAGGUACGCCAUCAUGGCCAUUGGCGGCAUCUCCAAGGCGCUCCGGCACAGCCUCAAACCGACAAGCCCAGCACUCAUGGCUGCAAAUGGCCCGCACUAUCAUCUCGCCCUUUCAUAUUAUGGCAGGGCCAUCCACGAAGUCCGAGGGUCAAAAUUGGACACCGGUAGCCUUCGUGGGGCAAUUGUCUGCUGUCUGCUGUUCGUCUGCUUUGAGGUAUUGCAUGGCGAUCGAAAGGCAGCCUUCGCCCACAUCAACAACGGCCAACGUAUGAUGGACGAGCUCCUACACAUCCGCGAUCAUCACGACCAUGACCACACGCAGAACAUCAUCGGUGCCGAUUUCGUCGAGAGAGAUAUCCUCCACGUUUUCCAGCGGCUGAUCCAGCAAUCUUGGUCUUGCGGCGUUCUCCGGCGACGUGAUCAGCAUAUCGCCGGUAGUCCGAGCGAUGGUGAUAACGAGCCGUCACCCGAGCAGCUGUGGUGUUGCCGAGGAGGAUCCGCCGAAAAGUGCGUCGUCCAUAACAUGCCAUCAAGCUUCGUGAGUCUCCAACAAGCUCGACGCUGGUGGGACGUGGUACAACACUACGUAACCCAUUCGUCUAGCAUCGUCUUUCGUGUGACCCAUCUGGGCUUGGACGACGACGUGCUCUCAGAAUGCAACGAACGUAUCCAAAGACACAUGGACAAGAUCGAACAGGCGAGAGCAGGCAUCAAGACGGCGACUCCCGAGCAGUGGCAGGAUUUCAAAGAUGUGCUCGAACGAUGGCACCAAGGCUUCGAGCCACACUGGAAAGCUGCGCAAAAGUCCAAAUCCGAAGACGAAAAAUCGUAUGCUCAGGCAGCUCACCUUCGGGCUCACUACCUGACGAUGUAUGGCUGCGUCCACGCACCACUCAGCUGUAGCUACGAAAGCAUCGCCAAGCUGACGCCCAAGUACCAAGAAGUGGUCGAACUAGGGCAUCAGCUUUUCGAGUACCAGAAGCGAUCUUGGGGCGAUGGCGAAAUGUUCACGAUGGACACCGGCCCGACGUGGCCCAUCUUCAUGGCCGGUACGCGCUGUCGAGAUCCCGAGGUGCGGUCCGAGGCAAUACGCCUCCUCCACGAGAACCCCAGGAGGGACGGUCUAUGGGACAGUCGGAUCUUCUAUGCCAUGACAUUCCGCAAUCGCAUGCUGGAGAUUUCCAACGCCCAGGAAGGCACCAGCGAUGAGCAGUGGUGGCGGCUCCAGCAACGCUCGGGAUGUAUAGACGAGCAUGGUAGGUUGAUCGCGCGAGCCAUGGAAAAGAACCCACAAACAGGGGAAUGGGAGUUUGGAGAGGAAGAUUUGCGUCGGUUUCUUCUUGACUGA